AUGAGACCGCUAGUGUUGGUGGCGAAAGGGAGGAAUUUGCCCUUUUGCGGGUUCCCCAAGGACGUCGGGCGAUUGACCAGGAGCUUCCGAGACUCCGAUGUCGCCCUCAUCGGGCAAUUCCGGUGCCUUACCGUCGCGCACGGCGAUCUAAACCAACUUCCUGAUAAGGUGAAAGCGUACGUUCAGGAAAACAUAAAAUUAUGCAAUCCAGAUAAAGUUCACAUUUGCGAUGGAACCGAAUCGGAGAAUCGCCAAUUAAUCGAUCAAAUGCUCCAACAAGGAACCAUCGUGCCUCUACCAAAAUACGAAAAUUGUUGGUUGGCGAGAACCAACCCAGCAGACACCGCUCGAGUGGAAUCCAAAACCUUCAUUUGCACCGACAACAAAUCCGAAACCAUACCCACGCCUAAACCAGGCGUGAAAGGCACUCUAGGCAACUGGAUGUCUCCAUCAGACAUGGACGCCGCGGUCAAAGAUCGCUUCACUUCCUGCAUGAAAGGCAGAACCAUGUACGUCAUACCGUUCUCCAUGGGCCCUGUGGCAUCCCCUUUAUCAAAAACAGGUAUCGAACUAACAGACUCCCCCUACGUGGUAGCCUCGAUGAGAAUCAUGACCAGAACGGGCUCCGCGGUUCUCUCGAAACUCCGCGACCACCAGGAGUUCGUCAAGUGCCUGCACUCGGUGGGCCGCCCAGCCGACGGGUCCGUCGAGUACCCCAGCUGGCCCUGCGACCCCCAACGCACCAUCAUCCUGCACAAACCCCAACGCAACGAGAUCGUCUCCUACGGCAGCGGCUACGGCGGCAACUCGCUGCUGGGCAAGAAGUGCCUCGCCCUGAGGAUCGGCUCCACCAUAGCCAGAAGAGAGGGCUGGCUGGCCGAGCACAUGCUCAUUUUGGGGAUAACGAAUCCCCAAGGGGUGAAGCGCUACAUCGCCGCCGCCUUUCCAUCGGCCUGCGGCAAAACCAACUUGGCUAUGAUGACGCCCACGUUGCCCGGAUACAAAGUGGAGUGCGUCGGAGACGAUAUAGCUUGGAUGCGGUUCGACGAAACCGGCCAACUGAGAGCCAUCAAUCCGGAAAACGGGUUCUUCGGCGUUGCUCCAGGAACGUCCAGGAGCAGCAAUCCCAUCGCGAUGGAUACCAUCUUCAGAAACACCGUUUUCACCAACGUGGCUUCGACCGGCGAUGGCGGAGUGUACUGGGAGGGAAUGGAAAACGAAGUGCCCCGAGACGUUUCGAUAGUCGAUUGGAAGGGCAACGCUUGGGAGAGGGGUUCCGAAACGCCUGCAGCUCAUCCGAAUUCGAGGUUCUGCACACCCGCUGGACAAUGUCCCAUCAUCGAUCCGGCUUGGGAGGACCCGAAAGGCGUGCCAAUCUCGGCCAUACUCUUCGGAGGUAGACGUCCGGCCGGUGUACCUCUAGUAUACGAAGCUAGAAACUGGAAACACGGCGUCUUCAUCGGCUCCGCGAUGAGAUCGGAAGCUACGGCAGCCGCUGAGCACAAGGGUAAAGUGGUCAUGCACGAUCCGUUCGCGAUGCGGCCGUUCUUCGGGUACAACUUCGGAGCCUACCUGGCCCAUUGGUUGUCGAUGGAGAAGAGGUCCGCGACGCUGCCGAAGGUGUUCCACGUGAACUGGUUCAGGAAGGAUGCGACCGGGAGGUUCCUGUGGCCGGGUUUCGGGGAGAAUUCGCGCGUGCUGGACUGGAUCGUCAGGAGGCUGGACGGGGAGGAGGCGGCGCGCGACACCCCCAUCGGGCUGGUGCCCGCCGACGGCGGUUUGAACGUCGAAGGGAUGAAGGAGAAGGUGGAUUUGGGGGAGCUGUUCAGCUUGCCCAGGGAGUUUUGGUUGCGCGAGGUGGAGGAGGUUGGUAGGUAUUUCGACGAGCAGGUGGGGGACGAUUUGCCGAUGGAGAUUCGGGAGGAGUUGGAGGGGUUGAGGAGACGAGUAGUUGAUAUGUAG